AUGUCUUUAAGCGCUGACGCGGAUGUCGCUGCAGGAGGCGUGGACUCGCAACCGAUGAAAAACGCGCGGAGGAGGGCAUCGGAGAGCAUUAUUACCGCACUGAAGGCCAAGUUUAACGCGUACGAGAUCCUCGGCAAGGAGAAGUACACUGGUGGCAGCGAUAUUAUACUCGCCGAGUUGUUCCAUCCUUGCCUACGCAGCGCUGCUCACCCCAAUGUCGCUCGGUGGUGGAAGGAGAUCUCAAAUAGGCCCUCUUGGCUCACUGUGAAGGAUGACGCUUCAGCCAUCCGAUUCUCGUUGGGCUAA